AUGUCCGACGCUUACCAGCCAGGAUCGGCAGCUACGGCUACGCCCGUGGACUUACACUCUACUGUGAGUAAUGGCUCACAACUCUCGACGCCUUCCAACAAGGCGUCUCGUGACGACCUCAAGGACGUCCGUUUCCCAGAUGGCACAGAGGACCAGGAGGUGGCUAUUCCUAAGAAGCCCGCCUCGGCCUACAUCACGGUCGUUUUGUUGUGUCUAUGUGUGGCCUUCGGUGGUUUUGUUUUCGGUUGGGAUACCGGUACCAUUGGUGGGUUUGUGAAUCAAAGUGACUUCAAGCGCAGAUUUGGCCAACUUAACAGUGAGGGCGAGUAUUACAUGUCAAAUGUCAGAACCGGUUUGAUUGUGGCUAUUCUCAACAUCGGUUGUGCUUUUGGUGGUAUUAUAUUAUCGAAGGUCGGUGACAUGUACGGACGUCGUAUUGGUUUGAUGACCGUGGUUGUUGUCUACGUUGUGGGAAUUGUUAUCCAAAUUGCGUCUAUCGACAAAUGGUACCAAUAUUUCAUUGGCAGAAUUAUCUCUGGUCUUGGAAUCGGUGGUAUUGCCGUUUUGUCGCCAAUGUUGAUUUCUGAGGUUGCCCCUAAGCACUUGAGAGGAACUUUGAUUGCGUGCUUCCAAUUGAUGAUUACAUGUGGUAUUUUCUUAGGCUACUGCGCCAACUACGGUGUUAAGAACUACACCAACUCUGUUCAAUGGAGAGUUCCUUUGGGACUAUGCUUCGCCUGGGCUCUGUUCAUGAUCGCCGGUAUGAGUUUUGUUCCUGAGUCUCCUCGUUACUUGAUUGAAAAAGGUAAGGUCGAAGAGGCCAGACGUUCUCUUGCUAGAUCCAAUAAAAUUAGCAUUGACGACCCAGCAAUUCAGUUAGAAGUUGACUUGAUCUCCGCUGGUGUCGAGGCUGAAAAAAUGGCCGGGAAUGCUUCUUGGGGCGAAAUCUUCUCUACCAAAACCAAAGUAUUCCAACGUUUGAUCAUGGGUAUUAUGAUCCAAUCUUUACAACAACUGACUGGUGACAACUACUUCUUCUACUACGGUACCACCAUUUUCAAGGCUGUUGGGUUGACUGAUUCUUUCCAAACCUCUAUUGUUAUUGGUAUCGUUAACUUUGCUUCCACUUUUGUCGGUAUUUACACCGUUGAAAAGUUCGGUCGUCGUAAGUGUCUACUAUGGGGUGCUGCCUCUAUGGUCGCCUGCUUUGUCGUUUACGCUUCUGUCGGUGUCACCAGAUUAUGGCCAGAAGGUGCUAACCACCCUGAAAUUUCCUCCACUGGCGCUGGUAACUGUAUGAUUGUCUUCACUUGUUUCUACAUUUUCUGCUUUGCUACCACCUGGGCUCCAAUGGCUUACGUUGUGGUUGCAGAAUCCUACCCAUUGAGAGUCAAGUCCAAGUGUAUGGCCGUGGCAACCGCUUCAAACUGGCUAUGGGGCUUCUUGAUUGCCUUCUUUACCCCUUUUAUCACCACUGCCAUCCACUUCUACUACGGUUACGUGUUCAUGGGCUGUCUGGUCUUCGCGUUCUUCUACGUUUUCUUCUUUGUUCCAGAAACCAAGGGUUUGACCUUGGAAGAAGUUCAAGAAUUGUGGGAAGAAGGUGUCUUGCCUUGGAAGUCUGCUUCCUGGUUGCCUCCAUCUAGAAGAGGCGUCGACUACAACAACGAGGAGUUGAUGCAUGACGAGAAGCCAUGGUACAAGAGGAUGCUCUAA